AUGAGCAAGCUUGAAAGUAACCUCACCAAGAGCAGGAAGCCACUCACUUUACAAGAGCAUAGACAGUUGGCGAUCAAGACGUUCGCACCUAAGUUCGAGGAAAACUUCAACCCAGACAAGAAGCUGUACGACGAGAACAGAGAUAGACAGGAAUUGAACAAGAUCAAGGCACAAAUCAAGAAGGAGAAGAAAGGUGCUCUCAAGGAUCUUCGUAAACAAACGAGAUUCGUGGCAAGACAGCAGAUCAGCGAGAAGAAGGAGAUGUACUCUGCUUACCACCGCAAGAUGGCCAACAUCGUCAACACCAUCUCCACUGAGGAAGGUGCAGAGAAGAACCUGUAUGAAAGAGAACGAAAGAAGCGAAAGAACCAGAAGUAG